AUGGGAGACCUCCUAGUCCAAAAGACCAUGGCUAGUCAGUGGACAUCUCAGGAUGAACAUCAAUAUAUUCAAGCUAGGCAAGUACUUGCCAGCUUGGAGGAGCGACGCAAACGACACCAGGCAAGGAGGGCCAAUGAAAGGGCGGAAUUGCUAGAUGCAAGACGCGGAAUUUCAUCCGUUCGGUCCUCGCCUUCUUUGACCACGGAGGAGUAUCCCGUUAUCCCUGAAACUCCCGAUGACGAGGAGGAAUAUCCUGUCAUUCCUGAAACCCCUUCUGAAAUGAUGGUGUCUGAAAGCCCUACAAGGGAUGAAGAGGAACGCAUGGAAUCCGAAAUAGAUCCCUCAGAUUCUGAAAUGAUUUUGCCAGAUAGUAGUCGGGAUCUGUUUGACUCUCAGAAAAGCAGCGCUCUCGAUUCGAAUACUCUCGAAAGUGAAAACAGCAAAGCCCCUGAAUCGGAUAACGUGGCCUCCGAAGAAGUAAACAUGGAACAUUUUUACGAUGUUGUGGAGGAGCAAGAAAGAGAUGCACCCCGCUUCGGAGGACGCGUGACGGAUUUUAACAUCGUCGUGAGGCCGUUGCAUCGGCUUGUUGAGGAGAUGGGCUCCCUCGAAGUUAUAGGUAGAUUAUUUUCUAGCAUUAUUUCACGUCUAACCGAGGGUUUCUUGAACGGUGAUCUUGUAGGUUUCAUUCUGUCAGGUUCCAAUUUACGUCAGGAUGUAGGCAUUCCUCUGACUCGAUAUGAUCAACUAUCAGUCGAUCGAAUUUUAGCUUUGUUGGAGCAAAUUUUACAAUCCAACGAAGAUUUUAACAUCUCGGAAGGAUUCAAAAUACGUUUAGUUCAUAUUCGUAUGCCGCAAGGAGGUAAGGGAUCGGAAAAUAUGAUUCCCCUUGACAAAUUCAUUCGCAAAAAGGGUAGAUUUAUCCAAAUUACAAACAAAGAUGAGCUUUGCCUAGGUAGAGCACUGGUAGUAGCCAUGGCACAUGCUCAUAAAGAGGAGGAUCCUGCUAAUUUUCAUCAAAUCACUCACCCUAAAAAAUACACGACCCAAUUUGAUGCGGCAAAACAACUCUUUAUAGACUCUAACGUACCGGAGGGUGUUUGUGGAAUCCCAGAAAUAGAAAAAUUUCAAAAUAUCCUGACAGAGCGAGGGUACCAGAUUGCCGUCUAUGUCAAUGGUGGAGCCCACGGCAGGAUAUAUGCCGGACCACCCAAUAGGCAUUUUCUUUCUUUAUUCUAUCACAACAAUCACUUCGAUGUCAUCACUAAGAUGCCAGCAUUUCUUCGCAAAUCAUAUUUCUGUAAUACCUGUCUAAAGGGAUACGAUAUGAAGGCCAAGCAUAAGUGCAAAGAUACAUGCAGUGCCUGUAAGAGUGAGACAAAUUGUGUAUUGAUUAAAAGAACAAUGUGUGAACGAUGUGGGCGUGUGUUCAAAAGUCAAGAAUGUUUCGACAACCAUCUUAAACAGGUAAGUGGUAAUAAGAGUGUAUGUCGGUUAUUCUUCAAAUGUAAACAGUGCAAUGUAAUGUUAGAUAGCACCCGCGGCAGUGACAAGACCCAUGAUUGUAGGUUCGGGUAUUGUGAACGAUGUCGUACUACAGUAUCAAAGGAGGGUCAUCAAUGCUUUAUGAUUCCUCUGCCCAAGAAAAAGAAGAACAAAGCAAAAAAUCAGGAAGAGAGGAAGAAAGGAGACGAUACCCAAAAGUUUAUUUUCUACGACUUUGAAUGUCGUCAAGAUGACAAAGUCGAUGAAAAUGAUCACGGUUCAGUCUUUAAACAUGUACCCAAUCUUUGUGUAGCAAUAAGAGUGUGCGGGCAGUGUUUUGACAAACAAGAUGCAUGCCCUGAUUGUGGGGUACGUGAACAUGUUUUUAGGGGGAAAGACACGUUGGACAAGUUUGGGGAAUGGUUAUUUGGCAUAGAGGAAGAUCACAGGGGGGUCAUUGCCAUUGCUCACAAUGCUCGAUCCUACGAUUCACAAUUCAUUCAGGAGUAUUGUCUAAAGUCGGGGGUGGUACCUCAAGUCAUCAUGAGUGGUGCUAAAAUUCUAUCACUCACUUUAAAUGAUGUAAAAUGUAUAGACUCACUUAGUUUUCUUGCCAUGCCAUUGUCUUCUUUUCCUUCAACCUUUCAACUGAAGGAAUUGAAAAAAGGGUUCUUUCCUCACUUUUUCAAUACCCUCGAAAACCAAGAUCAUGACGGACCGACCUUGCCACCUAAAAAAUAUUACGAUCCAGAUGGGAUGUCAACAGAAAAACGCGACGAGUUUGAUGUUUGGUAUGCGCACCAUCAAAACGACAAUUUUAACCUUCAAAGAGAAUUACUAGAGUAUUGUCGUUCUGAUGUCCAAAUUCUGAUGGAAGGUUGCAUGGCUUUCAGACGUCUCUUUAUGAGCGUCACGGAUAACAUCGACCCCUUCCAUAACAUAACGAUUGCCUCAGCCUGCAAUACUGUAUUUCGGACGCAAUUUUUGAAGCGAAAUUCCAUAGGUCUCAUCCCUGUCCAAGGAUACAGACAUAAAGAUCGACACUCAAUCAUUGCCUUGAAAUGGCUCGAAUGGGUUAGUCAUAACGAGGGAAUUCAAAUAGAGCAUGCGCGUAACGGUGGUGAACAUCGAAUCGGCAACUACAAAGUGGAUGGUUACGAUUCAGCAACGCGGACUUGUUAUGAAUUUUUAGGGGAUAUUUGGCAUGGGUGUCCACGCUGCUACAAAAGGCGUGAUUUGCUUGUUCCUGGUUCCAGUACCACCGUUCAGGAGGUAUACGACCAGACAAUGUAUAGAAUAAAUGCAUUGAAGAAACAGGGAUAUCGCGUCAUCACGAUGUGGGAGUGUGACUUUGCAAAAUUAAGACGCGAAAACAAGACGCUACAGACGUUUUUGGAAAAACUACAGUUUCGGGAUCCUCUCAAUCCUCGGCAUGCUUUUUACGGAGGGAGGACAAACGCGGUGAAAUUGAGUCAUAGAAUUCAGGGUAAUGAGAGAAUCAAAUAUGUAGAUGUUUGUAGUCUUUAUCCUUGGGUUUGCAAGUACGGUAAAUAUCCCCUGGGUCAUCCCGACAUUAUCACAAAGGAUUUCGAGGAUAUUCAGCGCUAUUUUGGAUUGGUGAAAUGUAAAGUCUACCCACCUCGACAACUAUUUCACCCUGUUCUCCCAUACAGGAAUGAGGAGAAUAAGCUUCUCUUUCCUUUGUGUCGCACAUGCGCCAACGAAAAGCAAACUUCAAAAUGUACGCAUAGCGACGAGGAAAGGGCCCUUGAAUCUACGUGGGUUACGGAGGAAGUAAAGAAGGCAAUAGAAUUGGGGUACAAGGUUGUAGAACUGUUCGAAGUGUGGCAUUAUCCUCACUUUGACCAAUACAAUCCUCGAACCCAGGAAGGAGGACUCUUCAGGGAUUACAUAGAUCUGUUUUUGAAAGUCAAACAGGAAUCAAGCGGAUGGCCCUCCGAAUGUCAUUCCCAUGACGACGAGGUGUCCGCCGAUAUACAAAAAAAGCGCGCAAAUUAUGUGAGACAAUAUCAUGAAAGAGAAGGUGUGCUCUUAGACCCUUUAAAAAUCAAAGCCAAUAAAGGACUUAGGGCUGUGAGCAAGAUUUGUCUUAACAGCUUUUGGGGCAAGUUUGGGCAGCGGAAUAAUCUUCCAAAGACAGUCUAUACGGUGGAACCUGAAGAAUUCUUCUCACUGGUGUCGGACCCCAAAUUGAUCAUUAAAUAUGUCGACUUCCCUACUUCGUAUAUGGCGCACGUGCAAUAUGUUGAGGAGGAUGACUUUUUAGAAGUCCUCCCCAACACAAAUGUGGUAGUGGCUGCCUUCACCACGUGUUGGGCUCGUCUGAAGCUCUAUUCGUACCUCGAAGAGCUUCAGAAGAAUGUGCUGUAUUUUGAUACAGAUUCUAUCAUAUACCUCAAGAAUGAUGAAGUAGAAGAUGUCCCCACUGGGAAUUUCUUGGGUGAUAUGACGGAUGAAUUAGAAAAAGAUUUUGGGGUGGGUAGUUAUAUUACGGAACUUCAGGCCUUGGGACCAAAAAACUACAGCUACCAGGUUUUCUCAACCAAGCAUGGAAAAGAAAUGCCCGGAGCUUGCAAAGUACGUGGUAUCACGCUAAAUUAUAGAAAUGCAAAGCUGGUCAAUUUCGACACACUCAACGAGCUCGUGCAUGGUGAACGCACUCACACCACCGUUACAAAUGCGCAUAGAAUCGCGAGGAUGCGUACCCACAAUAUUGUAUCCCGCGUGGAAAAUAAAAUCCAUCGUAUGGUAUAUGAUAAGAGGGUACGUCUAUCCGAUUUUAACACUGUUCCAUAUGGGUAUUAAGAUACAUAUGUUGUAUUUCUACCAUUGAUACUCUUUACCUUCUAACAUUCUAUAUUUGCAUUGUAUCUCACCUCCAAAUUUUCCUAUGUUAUAUUUAAUUCACGCGCUACAAAGAAUACUUUAUAAAUCAAAUAUUUUUAUGCCAAAUUUUGUGUCAUAUUAUUGCAAGCACUCGGUGCUACCUGAUGAUUGAUGUAGUGUAUAAACGAUAAUAUUUCAGUGUAUGAUAAUUGCUCUUUGUUUACUUAGUUAUGUAAAGGAUUUCAGAAUGGUGCAAUAUAUAUAUAUACUAAGAAAAUUCUUGCCAUUUAAUUUGUUCGUACUUCUGCGAGUGUGUGUGUGUGUUUGCAUGUUUAGAACGAGAGAGAGAGAGGGUUUUUCAAUCGUAUCCCUUAUUCGCCUUCGGUUAGACGUGAACUAUUGUAGGGAAAAUAAUCCACCACCCUCAAUUUGAACGACGAUGUAUAUGUAUAUUGUUAUAUGUAAUCAAGAUAUAUAUUUUUUAUAUCCUGUGCUUAUACAUUAUAUAUUUGACUUUUCAAAAUGUCUG